AUACUGUCCGUGUACGAAAAAGUUUGCCGAUGUGAGCCUUGAGCAAGCACGAGGCACGACUGGCCAGGCCUCCCAGCUGUGACCUUCAUAAAUAUGAAUUCCUCAGACGAGUUUGCUGCGUUUCUCGUAACGCACAGACCAGUGCUCAGUUGUGUUUUCGUGGGUUUCUGUGUAGGGGAGUAAACAUCGUCCCGGAGUUCAGAGUUAGGAAAGAGGAGAGCAAUGGGAGCUCAAAUUCUGGACUCCGAUUAUCUGGCAAUCACUGGAAUCGUCACCGUGUUUUAUCAGUUCAUCUUCUUCGUAAUCGCGGCGACUUUGAAGAUCGAAAAUGUCGCAGAAUUCGCUGGAACGAGCAACUUUGUGAUUCUAGCAGCUCUAACUUAUUUUUUGAACGGCACCCAUGGGAUCCGACAACUGGUCUUGACUCUCGCCGUCAUUGUAUGGGGAGUGCGUUUGGGACUGUUUUUAUUUUACAGGACUUGGCACUGGGGUGCGGACAAGAGAAUAGAAGAAAAGCGCAACAAUCUGUUCAAGUUUGCAGCACUCUGGGUCCUUCAAGGUUUGUGGGUGUGGACCGUGAGUCUGCCGAUUACAGUGGUGAAUGGAAGAUUCAAGAAUCAGUCUCCCCAUCUCAGAGCCCACGAUUUUGUAGGAUGGUUAAUGUGGAUUAUAGGAAUGAAGAUCGAGGUCUUCGGAGAUCAAACCAAGAUCUUCUGGCAGUCGCUUCCAACCAAAGGGAGGUGGUGUGAUGCUGGACUGUGGAGCUGGUCUCGACAUCCCAACUACUUUGGAGAAAUCUUGCUGUGGUGGGGUAUUUUUUUAGCCGCCAUGCCUGAGCUUACUGGUACGCAGUUUGCAGUCAUUGCCAGUCCGAUCUUCGUCACCUUUAUGCUUCUGUUCGUCACCGGAAUACCUGUGCUCGAGUCCACUGCCGACCAAGUCCACGGGAGCAAUGCCCAGUACCGAUUGUACAAACAGAACACCAGCGUCUUGAUACCUUUGCCACCAGCAUUGUACGGCAAGCUGCCCCGAUGGUGCAAGACUGUCUUUCUGUUGGACUUUCCAUUCUACAGCUCAGGUCUCAGGGACGAGAAGCAAGAGCAGCAUGACAUUUACGCACCUUACGUUUAAUUCAUUCGAGCCUACUUCGCUCUUUGAUAGUGUACAGUAUUUAAAUAUAUAUUAUACCACUCAACCAUUCAUUUCGCG